AAGUAUGGAGAACAGGAAGUUAGAUAAUAUGAGUGUAAGUUAGUUACUCACACCACUGUUAAAGUGUCAUGUGAUGUUUAAAACAAGGAAGAAUGAAAUGAAAACUACCACGUUUUGCGACGGUACACUGUACCUGUCAUGAGAAUUAAGUAGUAGAAGCGGUGGUAUGAUGUUAUGCAUGGGGAUCAACCAUACCUUUGUUACCUGCAUAUAGAGAGGAGCUAGGAAUCACCCCCCAAAAAAGUAUUCAACAGUUACUGUAAGUGUACUUCGCAAAAGACAUGACGCACAUGAUUCAAGCUCAGAAGGCCAGACUGUGCGAUUUUUGUCAAGAUCCUGUCUAUAAUAUCUGCCGUGAAUGUGGGGACGGACUCUGCAAAAUUUGCACCGCAAAUCACUUCGUUUUAAAGCCGUCACAAGUGCAUGACAUUGUCCCUUACAAGUACGGAAAAGGAAGUCGCAUCUUUAAUCAGUGCGCAUGCCUGUCCACUGAGAAACCAGCAUUUUACUGUUUUGAUUGUUACACACCAUUUUGUGAUGCUUGCGAGAGAGCCCACCGUUUGCAUAAUUCGGGGUGUAUUUCGGAAAAUAUCAAUGUUCUUGUUGAAAUGUUACAGAAACAGAAUCUGGAAUUAAUUAAUAUCAUUAUUCCCCACUAUCAGUCCAAAACAGACGCUGUUAGGUUGAAAAUCUCUGAACUUCCCGGUAGAUAUGACAAUAUUAAGCAAAGGAUGGAGACCCAUAGAACAUCUCUACACAAAGCCAUUGAUGAAAUCUUUAACAGGGAGCUUAACAAAUUGCGUGAAAUAGAAAUUAGUCAUCGGGCAGGACUAUUGAAACAGCUUGAGAAAAUCAUAAAACAGACUGAUCUUAUCGAGAGAGUUAUUGCACGCAAUUAUGAUAUAUUGAGUGAUGCCAAAUUGCUGUUCGAAGCAAAUGUCUUCGAACUUUUUACACCAAUAACCAAUGCUCCUCUAAAAAUUGAGGAACAUAGCACCCCUGAAUUUGUUGUAAAUGUGGAAAAUACACAUGAAAAGUUUAAAGACGUUGUUGGUUCUCUUGUUGAAAAGGGAACCGUUGUCUCUUCUUACACACCGAACCUACACCAAACAUUCUGUUUAAAACCAAUGACAUCCCCAAAACAGAUUUCACUGCUCAGUUGUGACAUGUACGUUGGGGACAUCGCAUGUGAAAGAAGUGGCACGGCCUGGGUGUGUGGACUUGCAUCUAGGCAUAUUGUUCAGUAUGAUCUGAAAGAAGGUAAAACGAAAAACUCCAUUUCUGCUACUACCCAGCCAUCGUUCGUAGCCUUGAACCGCUUAGGGCAUCUAUUCUACACCGAAUUUCGAGAUAGCUCUGUGAAAUAUGUGACCCACACGACACCUCAAUCGUUCGCUAAAACAAAAGGAUGGCAACCUCGAGGAAUCAUCUGCACUGACCAUGGUGACGUUCUUGUUUCAGAGUACAGCGCAAAUCUGAAACACUCGAGGAUUGCUAGAUACAAUAGUUGCGGUUGUUUGGUGAAAGUCAUAGAAUGUAAUGAGUCGCAAAAGCCUUUAUUUCAGGAUAUCAUGUUCAUUUGUCAAAACAGGAACGGGGACAUUGGUGUUACUGAUAGAGUAAAAUCGGUAGCCAUCAUUGUUCGGCAGAAUGGUCAAAAGAGAUUUGAAUAUUCUGGUCAUAUCCGUUCAUGUGACUUUUCAGACUUUGGUUUAAGUGGAAUUAGUACAGACAGCCGUUGUAACUAUGUUAUUUCGGAUGCUCACAAUAAUACCCUGCAUGUUAUUGACUGGCAAGGAAAGUUUCUGUUUUAUGUUAUGCCAGGAAAAAUUGUUGCUCCGAUGGCGAUCUGCGUUGAUGAAAAAGACAGGGUGUGGGUUGCCGAGGCACGUGGUACUAUCAGAGUGUUGACUUAUAUUGAUUGAGAAUUGUGUCCAUCUGCAACUUUGACGAAGCUCUUCAUUCAGUUGAAAACAUAGGAAAAACCUAAAAGAAAGCUUAAAGAGACACUACAGCUCAUUUUGCGCAAAAAUCAUGAAAUGACAAUUUUCCCAGCGCUUUCUCAAUUUUUGUUGCAUUGUUGAAAGUAUGAACUUUGCGAAAAUAACACUUAUCUAAAGUUAAAAAUUAUCGUUUUAACGUUAAAAUUAAUACUUUUUGAUGGCCUAUACACAAAAUAUCGAGUCUCCUCCUUUCAGUCUUCAGACGCAUGCGCAUAGACAGUAAACAGUGCAGCAUGUCGUCCAGAGAGAGAAAGUGUAGUUGAUAGAUCUAGAAGUUUGACAGAUUCUGUGAGAAAAGAGGUAAAAUUAGAAUGAGAUAAAACUCAUACGUGAAAUAAAAUUUACCUUGGUAUC